AUGAAGGUUGCCGACGCUUUGGCUAUGCUCGCCUUACCAGCUGCGGCAACUGCCCUAACCUUCUCUCCAGUGAGACCUCCUGCUAUCCCAUUAGCAGUUAAGUCGCCAUAUGUGAGCACCCAUUUGACGGUCGCCUCUGACGGUGGAGAUGGAGGUUAUCUGGCCGAAGAUUUUCCACGCUUCUGGCAGUAUUCUAUCAGCGGUUGGGCAGGCCUUAUUCGUGUUGAUGGAAACACCUACAGCUGGAUGGGGAACUCAACUGGAAUGGGAUUUACCCCCGUCACCCAAGAAGCUUUUACCUAUACCGCCACACGAAGUAUCUUCACCAUGAGCACCCCUGAAGGGUUAGGCAUUAAUGUAACAUUCCUAUCACCCGUUUAUCCCAACGACUAUAAACGCCAAUCACAGACUGCGUCCUACUUGGAUGUAACUGUCUGGUCCAACGAUAGCAACACGCAUGAAGUCGAGGUUUACUCUGAUAUUUCAGCCGAAUGGAUCUCUACCGAUACCAGCGCUAUUGCGCAGUGGGACUUUGCUCAGUCAGAUGAUGGUCAGGUGCUUACGCACAACGUCUAUCGUCAAACACAGCUUUUAUUCACAGAGGACCUUUCCUCAAAUGGUGCUAUUGCUAACUGGGGCAACUGGCUUUGGUCCACUGGAAGCAAUGCCUCCUACCAAUCUGGAGCUGACGCCGACGUUCGCAGCCAGUUCAAGAGCAACGGCUCCUUGAUCGACCAGGGAGAUCCUGACUUCCGUGCCAUCAGCGACCGUUGGCCAGUUUUUGCCUUUGCCCACAGUCUUGGAAAUGUCAGCAGUACUCCCGCCUCCGCCGUUUUCACGAUCGGCCUGUACCAGGAGCAAGCUAUGCAGUUUGAAAGCAAGAAUGGCAAUGUAUCCUUACCAGGCUACUGGACCAACUUCUGGCAGACACCUGAAGACGCAGCUGCCGCGUUCUACGAGGACUACAGCUAUGCCACUGAUGCUAUGACCAAGACAGAUGCCCGCAUUCACAACGCUGCGGUGUCUGCUGGCGGUGAUGAUUACGCCACUAUUGUCGAGCUCUCCUACCGCCAGGCCUAUGGCGGUAUCCAGCUAGCCGGUACGACGAACAACUCCUAUGUUUUCUUGAAGGAAAUUUCGUCAGACGGUAACGUCGGCACCCCUUCCCCGUAUGACAACCCUGAGCUUGUUCGGGGUAUGCUCGACCCGCUCUUCGAAAACCAGGAAGCUGGCUGGUACCCUCUUAAAUACGCUGAGCAUGACAUCGGUGCAAGCUAUCCCAAUGCCACCGGUCAUAACGGCGGCAAUGACGAGCAUAUGGCUGUUGAAGAGCCUGGCAACAUGUUGAUCAUGACAUUGGCGUACGUGCAACGUAGCAACAACACCGCCUACCUCAAGCAACACUAUGAUAUCUUGAAACAGUGGAACAACUACCUAGUUGAGGCAGCAUUGAUUCCUGAAGCUGAUCCCAAUGACCUCUCGACCGAUGAUUUUGCGGGCAAGGCCGCCAACCAAACCAAUUUGGCACUGAAGGGCAUUAUUGGCAUUGCUGCCAUGGCGGAGAUUGCCAACCUUACUGGCAACACUGAUGAUGCUAAAAACUUCACUUCAAUUGCAAAUGAUUAUAUUAAACAAUGGCAAGGCUUUGGUAUCAAUUCGGAUGCGAACCCGCCUCAUACUCUCUUCGCCUACAACCAGCCAGACUCCCAUGGCCUCUUGUACAACUUGUACGCAGACAAGCUGUUGAGCUUGAACCUGGUACCACAAUCAGUAUACGAUAUGCAGUCUGCCUUCUACCCGACCGUCGCUGGUACCUACGGUGUCCCACUAGACACUCGUUGGAACUGGACUAAGCUGGACUGGGAGCUGUGGUGCGCCUCCAUCGCCUCAACUGACACUCGUGACGACUUCCACUCGCGCAUUGUCAAGUGGAUCAACGAGACCCCAAGCAACGCCCCUCUGACAGAUCUGUAUGAGGUUGAGGGUGGUGAUUUCGCCGAUGAGACAAACUCGGGUGGCGACCAUCGCAGCUUUACCUUUGCGUAUCGUCCUGUCGUGGGUGGUGUUUUUGCUCUCUUGGCCCUUCCCUAAUCUUUCACUAUUUUCUUAACUCAAAUUCUUCAUCCAUGUCUUUACUAGAUACAGAUUUAGUCUUCAAAUAGACAAUAUAGACACUAAAUUGCAAUGCUGUCUGAUCAGGUUUUACGAACCGAUUAAUGGUGAACACAUUUUGCAGUACUCAACGAUAAAUAUGACCGUGUAGCAUUUGAUUCUUGUCGAUAAUUAUUCCAGUCAAGUAGUAUUUUCAUUUGUUUUUGCAUAUGAUAUUUUGGAGUGUUUGGUGUUUUUAUGACCAUUCUCCAAUGAUGUCAACGGUGAAAUCUGGAAAGCUGGUCUGGCUGGAGAAAGUGGCGUG